CUACAGCAGCAAAACAAAAGCAGAUGAUCUGUUUAUCUGUGUUAAAGAUCUUCUUAAAAACAACAACAAUCGUCUGUACACGAUGGCCAUGUACGCUGAUGCCCAGGUUGAAACACAGCUGCAGUACAAAAGAGAAAAUGAAAAUCUGCAACAACAAGUGACUGAACUCAAGAGGAGGACUCAAACAGAAGAUUUAUCAAAAAGCCCUGACGCUCUCAGAAUUGUGCUGUUGGGGAAGACAGGAGUUGGGAAGAGCGCAUCAGGAAACACCAUUCUGGGGAAAAACGCAUUUAAAGAAAUGAUGUCACUGCAGUCAGUUACCACUGUGUGUCAGAAAGAGACAGUAGAGCUCGGUGGGAGACGGAUUACUGUGAUCGACACUCCAGGACUGUUUAACACAAAUAUCAAUAAUGAAGAAACCAAGAGAGAGAUUGUUAAAUGCAUAUCGAUGGCAGCACCUGGUCCUCACGUGUUCCUGCUGGUGCUGAGAAUCGGACAACGCUUCACACAGGAGGAGACAGAGGUAGUGAAAUUCAUUGAAAAGACUUUUGGUAUAAAAUCGAACACAUACACCAUCGUACUCUUCACCUGCGGUGAUCAGCUUAAUGAACAGACAUUUGAACAGUAUAUGAAAAUUGCUGAGCCAGAAUUAAACAAACUUCUGUCAGCCUGUGGUAAACGAUAUCAGGUGUUCAACAACCGUGAUAAAUCCAGCAACACUCAGGUGUCAGAGCUCCUGGAUAAAAUCGACUUAAUGGUGAAGGUGAACGGAAGAGGCUACUACACUAAUGAGAUGUUCCAGGAGGUCGAGGAAGCUCUAGAAGAAGAAAAGGAGAGAAUACUGAAAGAGAGAGAGGAGCAGAUAGAGAGAGAGAAAGAAGAACUGAAGACCAAACAUGAAGCUGAAAUGGAGGACAUGAGGAGAGAGAUGCAGAAACAAAAAGAAAGACAAGAGGCAGAGGAGAGAAGACAAGAGGAAGAAUUUAAACAGAGAGAAGAGCAAAUAAAAAGAGAUAUGGAAAAAAGGGAACAACAGGUAAGACAGGACUUUCAGAAGAGAAGAGAAGACGAUGACAUGAAGAUGAAGGAAUGGAUGCAACAAAUAAACAGAGAGAGAGAGGAGAACAGGAAACAGUGGGAGAGAAAAAGACAGGAAGAUCAGAAACAGAGAGAUCAGGAGGAGGAGGAAAGGAGGAGGAAAGAACAAGAGUGGAAGGAGAAACAGAGAGCGGAGAAUGAGAAGUUUCAAAGAGAAAAAGAAGAGAUGAAAAUUCAAAAAGAAAAAGAAUUAAAGAAACUACAACAGGAGUAUGAACAGAAGGCAGCAGAAGAAGACAGGAGAAGAAGGGAUUUAGAAGAAAAGAUAAAGGAUGCAGAGGAAAGUAAAAAGAAGGAACUACAGGAUCUUCAGUUAUCUCAGCAACGAGAGUGGGAGCAGAGGAUGAGAGAGGAGGAGGAGAAGAGAAACAAACAGCAGGAGGUCUGGGAGGAAAGAAUUGCUGCUAUGGAGGAUGAAUGGCAUUCAGAUCAGAUUAGGAAGGAGAGGCAAUAUGAGUGGGAAAGACAGAAAGAAAUGGAGGAGAGAGAUUUAAGAGAGAAGGAAAGAAAAGAGAAAGAAGAACAAGAAAAGAAAAGAAUAGAAAAUGAUUUCAAUGAAAAGAUCAGAAAUAUGGAGGAACAGCUAAAGGCACAAAGAGAAAAAGAUGAGAGAGAAAGAAAGGAAAAGGAGGAAGAACUCAAAAAGGAAAUAGAGGAAAAACUACGGAAACAACAGGAAGAUUUCAGAAAGGAGAAAGAAGAAGAAGAAAGAAAACACAAGGAGGAGGAGGAGAGAAAUCUUGCCUUCAUUACAGAGCAACACAAGAAAGAACUGGAGACCCAGAAAGCACAGACAGAAGCAGCAGCCAGGAAACAGGCAGAGGAAGAAUUUAAAGCUCAACUUGAUGCAGAAGUUAAAGAGGCGAAGCGUAAAGGGUUUGCAGAGGGCCGUGCACACGUCGAGUCAGAAAGAACAAGACCAGGCAGAGCUAUCGAUGGAUUUAUUAAUUAUUUCUACUAAAAUGAAGAACAAAAGGAAACUGAAUGAAAGCUUGUUUGAAAUUCAUUCAGACUUGAUGUUUUUAAAUCCACAUUUUUUAGUUAAUAUCAGUUUAUCAGUAGAUUAACAUGUGAUUUAUAUCAACAGCAUUAUGCUUUGUUUCAGGUCGGUUUGCAUCUAUUUUAAUUACAUUGUGGGUUUUUUGUAACAUAAAAUUAGAUUCUGUAUUUUUUAAUAUAAAUAUCUUAUUUCUGUUUCUGCGGUUACUGAUCUACUGGGGUUUAAAUCUGAAGCACAACGACACAGUUACACUCCAUAUUCCUUUAUUUUACCUCCAAAUGGACCAUUAAUCAAUCAGAGAUGCACGACAUGGACAAAAGUCCCUGAAUAUAAUAUAUUUGUGUUUGUUGUGUGCAUUAAUAUGGAGUUCACACACUCUUCACUGCUGUAACAGACCAAUUCACAGAUACCAACAUCACUAACAAGAAAUUCACAGCACAGAGAGAAACACAGAUUGUUACCACUGAUCGUGUAUAUCAGUGGAGAAAAUGGAUAUUUAACUGCAAUUUGCAGAAAUGUUUGUAUUUAAAAGCAACCAGCUGAAUGCAUAAACAAAUAUUAUUUGGUUAUUAUACAACAUUUACAGAAGUGUAGUUGCUCUGCAGUGUGCUCCAUGUCCAUAGAACAACAAACUGCCUUUAAAUGCAGUGGAAGAGUUUCAUUACCUCGCCGGAGCGGAGUCCACCAGGGGGCGAGGCAUUGUUUUCAGUGGGGUUUGUUUGUUUGUUUGUAUGUUUCUUUGUUUUUUGUUAAUGAUACUACAGGAAAACAGCUGGACCAAUCCUCAUGGUCCCCUCUAUACUGAAAUAUCUUAAAUGGUGACUCGCACAGUACUUUCAGCUCGGUUCUUGUUCUUGUUUGUCACAGAUAAAAUAAUUGCAAAUUAUGUAUGUAAACAAAGUGCUGUAACCUUUGAAAUAAGCAUUUUUUCAUUGCUAUGCUUACUAUUAUUAUAAAUAUAAUUUUUGUUAUACAUUUUAAAAUGAUUCAUAUUCAAAUCUCCAAAUUUGAUAAAUCAUCACAUUUAAAAUGUUGUAAUGAAUGAUUUCAUUCCUGGCCAUCUGAAAGACACACAGAGACACAUUAAUAAACAGCCAGUAAUUAGAUGCAGGUGUUACAUGUUUAUUACAUGUCCCCUGUUGGUUCAGCCUGACUCCUUGCUGUUAACAGCUGACGCUCGGCCACGCCCUCACUGCCACAAUCUCGUUAUAACUGUAUUCCAAAACUUUGGUUCCCUAUUAAAAAAAUAAAUAAAAAAAUUCACUUCAA